UGAAAAUGCAAAGAAGAAGAAAACAAAAAUAAUCCAGUGUCACUUCUUUCUGGGAUCUUAAAAAAAAGGGCAAUUUUUUGUCAUGGUGAUAUUUUUCAUAAUCACAUAUCUUGUGAUAAUUUAUUAAUGAUUAACAAUUUUAUUAUUUGUAAUAGGCCUAAUGUCCUUAUAGGAUGCUGGGUGACCAGGCGGUCUAAACUGAAUCAAUCCUAAGCCUGUGGAUUUAAGUCCAAAAGCAAGAACAUCACCAGCACCCCGGGUGGAUGAGACUUGUUAACAUUGGAUGGCAUUUCAUUUUAUUUUAAGUGAAAAUUUCAAUACCUUGUAUCUUGAAGCUUAAAUUUUUUGUUUGGAAAUCAUUCAUAACAAUUGAAAUGUAGCAAUUAUAGUAUCAUUUCCCCAUUUUUUUUAUAGGACCAUAGACUUGAUUUGAUAAUAAAUGUGAAAUAUUUAUAUACAACUAAAAGCAUGCAAGGCACAUCAAUUUUAUCAGGUGCUGCAAGGGCAGCAUCUUACAAUAUGAUUCUCCAGGUAAUUUUGACAAUAUUUUAUUUUUUAACCAUCUUAGUGUUCCAUAAGUUUGAGAGAGCAGUUUCUGUUAAUGAAUAAAGUAGUCGGUCAUUUUACAUUGCAAUACAUGUAUCUUGCAGCUUAAUUUUUUUUAAGGCGAUCAUUCAUAACUUUUGAAAUGAAGCAAUACAUUUACAUGUCACUGUUAAAUCUUCAGUUUGGCCUACGAAUGACAACAUUUGUUUUGAAUGCAUUUAUUCUGCGGUAUGUUUCUCAAGAACUUCUAGGCAUUGUCAAUGUAAGGUCAGUAUUUCAUUGAACUAGUGGUACAUAUUACCUAUUUUAUCUCGUAACAAAGCAAGCUCCUCAAACAGCAUAACCAAAUUCUGUUGCAAGCUAUCUAAGACUUUUAAGGAAAUAUGUUAACAUUCUGUAAAACCUUUUUUUAUGGUCACAACAGGCUCACUCUUCUGUACUCAACAACACUCUUUCUGGCAAAGGAAGCUUUUGACCGAGCAUGUCUAAGCAAAUCAGUGCAGAGAGACUGGAGACAGGUCAUUAAUUUGUUGUGGUGCACGUAGGUGGUUCAGUUUUUGCAAAACAACCCAAAUGUAAUGUGUAAUAAAAACCUAAAUGUCUUACAUACUAUACUAAAAUAAUUUCAAGAGAUAAUUCUGAAACUGAUUUAAAAUAAAGAUAAAAAUCUUUAGAUUGUAUUACAAUUGAUUUAAAAAAUAUUCAUUAAAAAAAAAAGUGAACCAUUUGUUCUAGCAUGGAGGCCCUAAAAUUUUCCUUCAUGUUAGCUUAUGUUUCAAGUUUUAAUGAUUUAAAAACAAAAUUAAAGCAUUUCUCAAUAAUCAGACUAUUAGAUUAUGACUGUCUGAUAUAGUAAGAAACUUCUGAUAGCUGGAAGCUUAUUAAAAUUUGUAACAAAAAAUUAUAUAUAUUUAAAUACUGAGAGCAUAAAUUAAGCUUUCUUUUAACACUAAAAGUAAGAAAUAAUUUUCAUAAAUAUAUAUAUUUUUUUAAAACUAGUUUCCCAAUAGCUACUGUUUGGUGUGGCAUUCUGGGGUAUAUUUGGUUGUACAUUCUUGAAAAUCCUUCCAAAACCUCAAAUGUGUCAGGCUAUUCAUUUGGAGUAUUCAGCUUUGCCUUGUCCACCAUUAUAGAAGUACUAGCAGAGCCAUUAUUUGUUGUUGGUCAGGCACAUCUGUUUGUCAAAUUAAAGGUAAGAGUUUCUGGUUUAUUUUCAUGUUGUUAUUAUUGUGAAGAUUCUACUGACAUAAAAAAUUAUACAGGAAUGGCUUCCCUCCCAAAUAAUUUAGCAUAGAUCAUAUUUUAUUAAAAGAUAUUUUUUUCAAGUUGGCAAAAAUUUAUGUUGGAUUAUAUAUAUAAAUAUAGGAAUAGUCAUAAUUGUAUAAACCUUUAUUAUAUAGAUAUUUUAAUGUAUGUUUUCUUCACAAAUGAUGCCAUAUUUUUGAAGCAGUGUAUUGAAGAAGAUAAUAAUAAUAAUAAAGUUGAUUUCAAAAACACGCCUCAUCCCCAAAGGCUCGAAGCGCGGUACAAAAAACAAAUCUAUAAUUUACGACAUUUAAAACAAACGCAACACUACAAACUGAUAAAUAUAGCGUCAUAGUUCUGACAAGAGGAUAAAAGUAAAUUUUGACUUCAUAUGUGGAUGGAUGGCUGCUAAAAGUUGAGGCUUUUUAUGUUUCUGUGUAAAGUCCAGGGAUAAAUAAGUUGCAACUUAUUUUUUAUUUCUAUUCAGGUUAUUUUGCUAGGAUUAUCUCAAGGCAUAAAAUGUCUUAUUACAGUAAUACUUGUGCUAACAAGACCUGAGUGGGGAAUCAUCAACUUUUCAAUAGCCCAAGUAAAUGAGAAGUUAUAAUGUUGAGAAAAUCAGUAAAACUUUUUGUUUAAAAUUCUUUUAAACUCAUUUUUAUUUGACUGUCUUUCAAAUUAUCAUAUGUAUUUAAUGUAUAUUUUUUCCUAUUUAUUGGAUAAUCAAGAUAUUAAUAACAAGCAUAUUUUAGUUUUAAAAAUGUUAAAGUUAUUUGCACUUUUCAAAUUUGUUUCUGUUUUUUGACAGCUUGCUUCCAGCAUUUCUUAUGUCAUUAUGUAUCACACAUACUUUACAUAUUACAUCAAAUUUACUACAAAAAAAGAUGAUGAGUUUCCUUUGAAGUCUGUUCGGGAUAUUUAUCCUUCUCACAAAGUUGGAAAGGUAUAAGAUUUAUCCAACUAUACAAAUAUUUUAUCAGUUUGCUAUGCACUUAGAUUUAACUUUAAAAAUAUUUCUUUCCACUUUCUAGUAAGAUAAAAAAUUCCCUUUGAAAUGUAAAUUAGUAAUUUUAUAAGAUUUAACUCUUUUGAAGUGAUCAUUUGCCUUUUAACUCAAAAAGAUAGUUAUCAAUCAUCAAUAAUUAUUUCUCCUGUGAAAAAUUUAAUUCUUUGCUCGCCUGAAUCAUUUCAGCCCUUCAUUGACAAAAAUUUGGCAAGUCUUACAUGGAGCUUUUUUAAACAGUCUUUUCUGAAACAAAUACUCACUGAAGGUAUUGAUAACGAUCUUAAAAGAUAUUAUCCCUUAUUAAGUGUUGUUUUGCAGAUGUGUUAUCUGCUGAUAUUUUUACUUACCGGGACUAAAUUUAAUAUACAACUCACUAAACCAAGAUAUACAAGACUAAUUCAUUCUUUUGUGAGUAGUAUAUAAUCUGUGGUCUUAAACUUUAAAUUGCAUUGUCUUAGUAAUUUUAGAAGUCCUAUUUAGGCUGGGGUACCGUGCUAUAUAAGAGCACAAAUAACAAUAAUAAUAAUAUUCAAAUUUUUUUUCACCUUAUAAAAUCUAAUUCAUCUUGCUUUUAUUUCAGGGGAAAAAUUUGUUAUGACCUUUUUUGAUGUGCUCAGUUUUGCUGAUCAAGGUAUGGCUUAUAAUGAUAAAAUGUAUUUUUAGUUACUCCAAAUAUCUUUGUAUUUAAUUUUGUAAAAAAAAAAUUGGUUUGGAAAAUUGUAAGACAUUUUCUGAACAUAUGGACUGUUAAAAAAAAAAAAAACUUUUUUUUCUAGGUAUCUAUGAUGUUAUCAACAAUCUUGGUUCCUUGGCUGCACGAUUUAUUUUCCUUCCAAUAGAAGAGAAUAGUUAUUUAUUUUUCUCCCAAAUCUUAUCUAGAGGAUUGACUGCAGACAAACAAAAUCAGGUGCUGUACUUAUAAUUAGUUUUGUAAUAUUGAGGUUUUCUGUCAACAUAUUUACAAAGUUAUCCCAAUGUUACAAUCAUGUUCUAGUUAUUAACACUUGUUAUUAACAGUAUCAGUAACAGCAAUGCUUAAUAAUGUUUUAAUUUUUUUUUUUUUUUUCAGGAUUCCCUUAAAUUGUGUUCUAAUGUUUUGGCCAUUAUCUUGAAGAUUGUUACAAUCAUCGGUUCCAUUAUUCUUAUAUUUGGUUACUCCAAUUCCUAUUUAGCACUUCAUUUAUAUGGAGGAGAAGUGCUGUCUUCAGGAAAUGGUAAGUUCUAAAAGACACCAACUGAAAGCAUUAAUUAUACUGUAUUAACUUUCAGUAUGGCUAAUAUAAUUACAAUACAUGUAUAUAUAGUAAUGGUGCAGACAAUGAUCGAAGACUUUUAACUUUAACAUUCAUUUUUAAAAUUCUUGUUUUAUAUUUUACCUAACAAUUUAUAUUUUUUUAAAUAAAUGAGAGUUUAAUACCGGUACCCUAAAAAAUACAUUGCCAAGAUGUAUGUGAUUGUUUUUAUGAAUACUACAAAUAAUAAUAAGAAAAUAUUUUCAAUAGUUAUAAUGAAAUGUAAACAAAUCAUUAUCAUCCUGAGGAAAAGGGUCAUUUGCAGACAUUAGAUGUGUCUAAUAAGUCUCUUAAUUGUGUUAUCUGCCAAAAGGAUUUUAACAUGGUAACUUCUUCCUCAAAUUUGGGCUGAAACUUUAUUCAAAAAACCAUAUCAAAGCUAGAUCCUGAAGGUGGUUAUGUGGAAAGUGUAUUUUAGAAAUUAUUUAAGCAACUUGCCUCUUCAGUUUUCCCAAAUGUUUUUAUUCUUUUUGUUUAAUGAAGUAGGCUGCUUCUUCAUUGAUUUUGAAACCUCAAUGAACUAUUAUUCUAUUUUUUGUGAGAAAAAUGACUGUGCUUUGAUGUAACAGUAAAAUAAAGGCUUAAUUUAUUAUAAUUUCAUUUUCAAGUAUAUUUCCGCAAACUAAAUAUUGGGGACAAUGAUUGUUUUCAAAACCAGACAAUAGGCAACUCUGUUUCAAAUAAACUCUAUUAUAGAGAUGAGGCUUGGAAACUUUUAAUUCUUUAGUAGAUCCCUAUUUUGCUGAUAUGGUUUAUUGUAACACAUUAUCUUCACCAGCUUUUCAUUCAUUCAUUAGAAACAUACUCAUGAUAUGCGCUAUUUAACCCCAAUUUGAUUAUAGGCUGCAAAUUUUAAAAAAAAAUUAUUUAAGUUUUAACUUUAUCUAAACAUUAAAAUCUUUGCAACAGCAAUGAUAAUAAUAAUAUGUUAUAAUAAUCCAGAGCUGGCCUCCUAGAGCUACCUGUGAAAACCAAACGAGAUAAAUACCAUUUAGAUGUGCAGAACAAUUUGGCUUUAAUGAGUUUAAAAAUAAAAAAAUUAUUCCCUGAAAAUUUUAAAAUGGCAAUCCUGUUUCUAUUUAAUGAAAGAUAACAUACAUCGUAACAUUUCAUGAUCCAUAUGUCUGAUCGACAUCUUGGAUAUAAAAAAAAAUGAAUGAAUGUCUGUAAGACUUAUUUUUGCACGACAAAUCUACACCUGGAAGGCCACUAAUGUGUCGCAUCAGACUGAUUGGAAAGCACUGCUCUAAAUUUUAUUUUUAUUCCCAAAGCUGCAAAUCUUUAAAAAAACAUGAACAAUUUGAGACAUAUUUUAAGCGGUUUUAACUUUAAGGAUAGAUAAAUACAUUUAAAAAAUACUCUCUUCUUAAAUGGAUAAAUGACUUGUGACAGAGUUCUUCACUUUUGUAGCUUGACAUUGAAUAGUUAAUAGUACCUGUAUCUUAUAAUUUUUGUUACUCUGUUUCAACAUAGGCCCCACACUUCUCCGGUGGUACUGUCUGUAUGUACUAGUUAUUGCUAUAAAUGGAACAACUGAAGCUUUUGUCUUCGCAGCUAUGAGCAAAGAUCAAGUUGAUAAGUAAUUUUAAUUCAUUUUCUGUCUUGAGACUAAUAUAUUUUUAAUCAUUGGUAGCAGUUUUUACAUUUUAAAAAAUCGUUGAAUUUGGAUUUUUUGGUAGCAAUAUUUGCAGUGCUUUGAUUCUAGUUAUUGUUUUUUUUUCUCCAAUUUUAGAUACAACAAAAAGAUGUUGCUCUUCUCUGCCUUAUUUCUAUUCUCCUCCUGGCUACUCACCACCUUGAUAGGAAGUGUUGGUUUCAUACUAGCAAACUGCUUUAAUAUGUUAGCCCGCAUUAUUCACAGGUUAGUUAUUUUAAUGAUCCCAUGUCCUAGUUCUACUUGUUUGAUAGACAGCAACCAAUUAAUUUGUAGAUGGUUCAUUGAUUUUGAAAGUAAAUGGUACUUAUAAAAUAUUAAUAUUGACAUGUUAAAAUCUGUGUCCACUUUAUUCCAGACACUCAGACACACACAAAAAUCUAAAAUAAGAUUAAGUUCAUUAUGAUGCUUGGACUAUAAAUAUGAUAUAUAAUAUUAAUUCUUAAAAAAUUCCAUUUCAAUUUAAUAGUGACCUUCACAAUAUAAAUCAUAUGUCUGCUGGAAAUGUACAAAUAAAUAUUUUUUAUAAUUAGAAUUAAGUUUUGGUUUUAAUUUAAUUUAAGCCACUGGGUACUGGUAGAUAAAAUUUAAAGACCAUAAUUUAAACCUAUUACAAUAAAUAACUUACAAUUUUGUAUGGGAAUUGCAGCAACAUUAAUUAAUGAAGUAAACAAUUAUGUUUAAUGAGACUUUCUAUGCUUAUGCCAGUACUUGAUAUACUCAAGCCACAUUUAAAUGUACAAAUAUUGAGACAACUGAUCAUUAUCAAAAAGUACAUUUAUAUUUAUAGUUACACGUAAACAAAUAGUUUUAUUACUGAUACAGGUUAUAAAUUAUAUUCGUGAGCAUUCUAUUUGUUCCACUUAAAUAUCUUGAACAGAUAUAGCUUUAAAAGCUAGAGCCAGCAUCUGAUUUUUGUACGGUAAUAAAUUACAAAAAUUGUGUUCCAGCAUGUACUUCAUAACUGGCUACUUUGGAAAAUCUGAGCAUAAUCCACUAAGCAACAUUGUGCCUGCUUUACCUGUGAUAUCUGCAUUGCUUGCUUCACUUUUGGUCACAUCAGUUUCUCAGGUAAAUAAUUUUAUUAUAAUAAAUUUUAUAAAUAAGUCUCAUUAUUGAUAGUUUUCUUUGCACAAGUUUAUCAUUCUGAUCCAGUAUGGGUAGGUGCCCUUUGGCCAUAGUAAAAAAUGUGCAGUCCACAGUUUCUUUGCAUAAAGUAUAAAUUAUAAAAGGUGUUAAAAUAUAUUCUGGUAGAUGAUAAAAAGUUUGGUGCUGGGCAGUGAAUUAAAUGGUGUGUUACUGUCUCAUUUAGAGUUUUCAGUCUAAUUUUAUGAGUUUUUAAGUUGUGGAGUUAAUUUGUGCACAGGUGAUAAUUAUGACAUGUUCCAUUCUAAGAGUAUCUUGGGGGAAUUCAUAGGGUCUUUGGGAUCUGGGAUAGGCAUAUGUGUUCUUUAAACACACAUUUUCCCAUACUUUUAAUCUAUUUGGUAUAUGAUUUUUAGCCUCGCUUUUUCAGCUUUACUUUGCAGUUUAGUUAUCAAGGAUUUUUUUAAAGUUAAAAUUUUAAAAAAAAAUUAUUAUCUCCAUAGAUUUCAUUUUGUACGGAGAGUUCCAGUGUACAGCAAAAGCUAAUCCACAUUGGAAUAACAAGUCUUUGCUUACUGAUGGUUCUUGCAGUUACAUAUCUCAAAGAACACAAACUUGUAGAGAUUGUUAAAGAGCAUAUAUUGAAACAAAAAAAUAAAUAAAAACUGCUGGUACAUGAAAUCAAGAAUGUUCUUUUCAUUUCAUGCACACACACACACACAAAUUGUAAUACUUCAUCAAACAAUAAAAGUGGACUAUACUGAAUAGUACAAGAGGAAAGAUAGUCAAUAAGUCAACAUUGUGUUAUUGUAUUUAUGAAAACAAUAUUUAAUAAUACUUUAAUUUAUAGAAAAAUUCAGUCUCAUUCUCAUAUUUUAAAUCUAUACAAGCAGUGGAACAACCUAUUAGCAAAUGUAGCACAACAAAAGUAAUUAUCUGAGUCUGCAUUAAUUGGGCAGACCAAAAUGGUAGAAGAUUCACAUUUUUAAACAAAUGAAACAGUUUCAAAUAACUGGGAUCAUGUAAUUGAUGCCAUAUUUACCUUAUGUCACUGGACACAUUAUUAUACUAAUAUGCAAAUCAAGCAUUCUACCAACAAUUUUUGUUAAGAUUUUGUUAACAACAUUGGAAGGUAGUCUUUCUUAACUUGAUCCCUUUCU